AUGGAGAGCUAUCUAAAGGAGAAAGCAGCACAACUUCGAAGAUCAUUGGGUCAACUUAAAGGCAGGGUGACACGAAAGGCCAGGGUAUUGGAAGAAGGUGUACCUGUUAUGACAGCGGCGCAGAUAGAGGUCGCUCAAGAUGAGUUGACGGAUGCCAUGGUGAGAUAUGGGGAUCAACAUGAAAACUUUUGUAAAAUUGCAUCCGACGAGGAAAGGGGGGAAGCAUCGGCUGUGUAUUUCGAAGUGGGACAGCAAGUGAAGUUUAACUUGGAUGUCGGAGAAAGACAGAAGGCUUACUUGUUACGUCAACGAAAUGCACAGAGGACCGGGGAAGUGGUCAGGCCUAAGCAGAAGGAACAAAGCUAUGUUCCAAUUCCUAACCAAGUCGGAGGGAGUUUGAAGAUGAAAGUAGCAACCCAUAAGUCACUGCCUAAGGUAUCCCAGGGAAAAGUAACUGCCAGGGAGGAGAUUGAAAAUGCAAAAAGACAACUACAGAUGCUGGAGGAAAGGACUGCUCGAUUGAAGAUUGAGGAGUUAGAACGUGAGAUUGUGCAUAAGGAGCAUGAAAUGAAAGCACUUGAAGUCAAACGAAAGACUGUAAAAUGUAAACCUGUAGAAUUGUGUCCUGAGGCUAAUGCCUUUGUGCCUCAAUGCAGUCCUGCACUUAGAGAUACUAGUGGGUACAGAGCUAAUGGAGCAGUGAAAAUAGAAAAGGGUGGGGACUGGAGUAACCAGAGCCCGAUGGUAGCAGCUCAAGGCAACAUGUACCAGAGCCCGAUGGUAGCCGCCCAAGGCAGCAGGUACCAGAGCCCGAUGGUAGCAGCUCAAGGCAACAUGUACCAGAGCCCGAUGGCAGCCGCCCAAGGUAGCAAGUACCAGAGUCCAAUGGCAGAUGCCCAUAGCGACAGUUAUCAAAGCCCAAUGGUGAAUCCCUACAACGAUGUGUACCCGAGUCAAAGGGUAGAUGCCUACGACAAUAUGUACCGGAGCCCAAUGGUAGCCCCACAGAGCGACACGAUCUGGAACCCAAUGGUAGCCGCCCAAAAUGACAGGCAUCAAGAACCGAUGGUAGCUACGCAGGAUGGUAGCCAAUUCUUAGCCAUUGCCAAGACGCUUGAAAAGAUUACUUCACACGCUGAGUUACCUCCACCAGAGCCAAUAAAGUUUGAUGGAACUGCCUCGGAGUACGUGAAGUUUAAGAGAUCGUUCGAUUUGAGGGUCGGUGGUAAAAAUUUCUCUGAGGGAUUUAAGUUGGCACAGCUUUUGCAGCUCACUCAAGGGAAUGCACAUAAGGCCAUCAGUUUGUGUGACGGAGCUAUAGAUGGGUACCAAAAGGCCUUGGGCAUACUCAAUGAUAGGUUCGGGAGACCAUACCAGAUUGUAAAGUCAUGCAUUGAGAAAGUCACCAAUGGGGAGAGAAUAAAUCGAAACUCCAAGGAAAUGCUCGCAUUCUCAGAUCAACUCACUAGUGCAUAUGACACGCUCUGUGAUCAAGAUUUACUCAAGGAAGCCGAUACGCAGAUGACCUUGAAAGCGAUCUUCGACAGAUUCCCAGUAGCCCUCCAAGAAAGGUGGGUUAGGAAGGUGAUAAGUUUAGAAGACGAAGGGAAAUUUCCACGACUGGCGGAUAUGGUGCAGUUUGUUAAGGUGCAGGCAAGGACGUCAACACAUGUUGUGUUUGAAGUGACACCGCCAGCGAGAACCACAACCAACAUCGUAAAGCAACAUCACGAUAAAGUAAAGCGGGAUCAGGCAGCUACGCAGAAGCCGAAGGUUACUACACUGUCUACCCAGCUUGAGAAACCAAGGAACUCUGCCAACUAUACAGGAGCUAGAAAAUCGGGGAAUAAGGCAGGGGUUAAUGCCGCCACAGAGGACAUGCCCUACAAACGCAUCUGUCGGUUUUGUAAGGCUGAGGAUCAUGGAAUUUGGGCGUGCAGCAACUUUGAAAAGGAAGACUUGGACGCUCGAAGAAGAUUUGUCCGUAACAAUAGGCUUUGUUAUUGUUGCCUAGGAAGGCACAUGGUCAGAUCCUGUACCCGGAAGAAGAAAUGCCCGAAGUGUGACCAGGACCAUCAUGUCCUCUUACACUUGGAGAAGACAUCUAAGCCGCCGAAGAAAGAGGACAUUGGGUCCUUGCAGAGUGUUAAGCCGAAGAGUAUGGUUCUCUUGAAGGUGAUUCCUGUCAGAAUAGCAGCCCAAAAUGGAGAGUCAACCACGACAUUGGCCCUCUUGGACUCUGGAUCAAGUGCAACGCUUAUGACACGUAAGCUUGCUGCCAAGAUUGGGAUUGAAGGAGAGCCAGAGACGAUUAGCAUAAACACGGUGCUGGCGAGUGGUAAGGAGCAGGAAGUCUCAAUUUGUGAGUGUACACUGCAGCCUAUUGGGACUGAUGAGCCAUCUAUCCCUGUGAAUCGCGCCAACAUCGUCGAGGAGUUGCACAUCGAUAGGAAAUAUCACCCCAACACAUUGGACUUAUCAGAUUGGGAGCAUCUCAAAGAGCUAGAUCUGUCGACGCAAGUAGAUGAGGAGUCGGUGUCAAUCCUGAUCGGCGAGGAUGUCCCAAGGGCACACAUGGUACUUGAAAGCUGUUAUGGAACAGAGCCUCACGUGCAACCUUACGCUGUCAGGACUCCGUUGGCUUGGUGCGUGGCGGGACCAAUUCAUGAGGAAUCAGCAAAAGGGGUGGAGAUCAAUCUUUUGGCGGUAGCAGAGAAGGCAGAGGAUACUGAGGUCAUCAAUCAAUGCUGCAGGACGGAUGAAGUCGACGACGAGGUUGUGGCGGGCAAAAGCGAGGUGGAGAUGAACCAAUUGGAACAGCAUAACCAGAAGUUGGAGGAAGCUGUUAGUUCACUGUGGCAAACCGAGAAGCAUGGAUUCAUAAAUGAAGAUGUGAAGAUGAUGUCGUUCGAGGAUCGAAAGGCUCUACACCUGCUUGACACGAGGACCAAGUUGGUAAAUGGACACUAUGAGAUUGGCCUACUUUGGAGGAGUGAGCCACCUGCUCUGGUUGACAAUAGAAUGGUCGCUGCAAAAAGACUCGAGUAUCUUAGAAAACGCUUUGUGAAGGAGCCAGCCUUUGCUGAGAUGUAUUGCAAAGCUAUGGGUGUCUACUUUGAUAACGAUUACGCACGAGUAAUGACAGACGAAGAGGCAGCUUCUGUAUCGGCGAAGACAUGGUAUCUACCUCAUCAUGGUGUGGCGAAUGAAAAUAAACCAGGGAAGCUGCGUGUAGUAUUUGACGCUGCGGCUUCGUUCAAAGGAACUUCGUUAAAUCAAGAGCUACUUCAAGGCCCGGAUCAAAGUAACAGCUUGAUUGGAGUUUUACUGAGGUUCCGCGAGCACCAGAUCGCUGUAACAGCUGACGUGGAGGCCAUGUUUUUAAGAUUUAAAGUGCCCCCCGUAGAUUGCCAAGCAUUGAGAUUCCUCUGGUGGCGGAAUGGACUCGAUGAACACCCUGUAACCUGCCAGAUGACUAGCCACAUAUUUGGGGCAACAGACAGCCCGAGCGCCUGUACAUACGGAAUGAGGAAAUGUGCCGAGGACUUUGGAAGCCAAUUUGAUCAACGAGUGGUGGACGCAGUAACCCGCAGUUUUUAUGUAGAUGAUUUCCUGCAGUCAGUUGCCGAAGUCAGUGUUUGCAUCAUGCUAUCAAUACAGAUGAUCUGUCUGUUAUCGAAGGGAAGCCUAAAGCUGACCAAGUUCAUGUCAAACUCACCCGAAGUAAUGGCGGCAUUACCAGGCGAGGUCAAGGCAUCAGGAUUCGUCAAUCUGAGUCUGGAGUCUACUGCAACAGAGAGAGCAUUGGGAGUCAGGUGGAAUGUCGGGAAGGACUCGCUUGGUCUGCAGGUCUCCGGGAUCAGUAAGUGUGGUGCAAAGAGCAACACGAGGAGGGAAUGUCUAGCGGCCGUAAGCUCUAUUUAUGAUCCUCUAGGCUUUGUUGGACCUGUUACCCUAGUUGCUAAACGUAUACUGCAAAUGAGUUGUAAGCAACGGUUGGCCUGGGACGAUGAGCUGCCUGAAGAACUGAUGAAGGCUUGGGAAGGAUGGAAAGCGACCCUGCCAGCAUUGACUCAGAUUUCGUUGCCGAGAUGGUACUUUACUUCCGAGAUGGAGGGACGCUAUGAAUUGCAUCACUUUGCCGACGCGUCGGAAGGCGGGUAUGGAACGGUAUCUUACCUACGCAAGGUGUACGAUACGGAAGAGGGCGACGAAGUUGAGUGUGCCUUUGUAAUGGCAAAGACCAGGACAGCUCCACUCCAGUUUGUAUCGAUACCGCGAUUGGAACUGCAGGCAGCAGUGGUUGCAGUAAGAAUGGACGGAUUGCUUCGGAGGGAACUUGAUUUGCCGGUUGAUGAAAGCUUCUACUGGACUGAUUCCAAGAUCACUCUGUCGUACGUCUGCAGCGAGAACAGGAGAUUCAAGACUUAUGUAGCUAAUCGGGUUGCAGAGAUCCGAGACUCCUCUACCCCCUCUCAGUGGCGACAUAUCCCUGGGAAAGAAAAUCCUGCAGAUGAGGCUUCGAGAGGACAAACUGUCGCAGCCUUUUUGAAGAACGAGAGAUGGUUUGCCGGUCCGGAAUUCCUGUCAAAGCCAGGGGCUAGCUGGUCAACAUUGGCGACUGAAGAGGUCAUGGACGUUGACAAGAAUGACCCAGAAGUGAAGACGGAGAAGAUUAUAGCCACACUGACUGAACCUGCAACCAAUGGCUUGUCUCAGUUAAUCUCAAGAAGUUCAUCUUGGACAGCACUUCGACGGCGAGUAGCAGUGUUACUGAAGUUUGUCAGUUACCUUCAGUCAAAGAAGAAAGACAGCGGAGUCCAGUUCGAGAAGAAGAUCACACCGUCUGAUCUUGACGAAGCUAGUAAGGCCAUUAUGAGGUGCAUCCAGAGAGAGGUUUAUGCUAGGGACAUAGAUGCUAUAAGGAAGAAGGACGGAGUUAGCAGUUCGAGUUCGCUUGCAUCACUGAACCCGUUGUUAGUUGAUGGCGUACUACGAGUUGGAGGGAGAAUUUCCAGAGCACCGAUUUCCUUUGAUAGCAAACAUCCAAUGAUAGUACCAAAGGGACACCAUGCUGGGACGUUGCUCAUUGCUCAUUUUCAUGAGGCAACAGCACAUGCGGGCCAAGAGCAUGUCUUGUCUAGGAUUAGGCAAACCUUCUGGCUUGUAAAUGCGAGGAGAGAAGUACGCAAGAUCUUGAAGAGAUGCAUUGGAUGCAGAAAACGCAAUGCCAUACGGAUGAACCAACUCAUGGCUGACCUACCUGCUGUCAGACUUGUCACAUAUGAGCCUCCGUUCACCAAUACCGGAGUUGAUUAUUUUGGGCCGAUGCUCAUCAAGGCCGGACGAUCGUCUGUGAAACGCUGGGGAGUACUUUUCACCUGUCUAAACGUGAGGGCGGUACACUUGGAAAUUUCCAAUUCCAUGGAUCUCAGCUCGUUUCUAAAUGCCUUCAGAAGGUUCAGCGGUCGACGUGGGGAUCCGAAGCAAGUAUGGUCCGAUAAUGGGACGAACUUCGUCGGCGGUGAACGUGAGUUGCGGGAAGCGAUUAUGGGUUGGAAUCAGGAGCAAAUACAGAAGGAGCUUUGUCAGCGUGGUACAGAGUGGCAUUUCCAGCCCCCCUUGGCUCCCCAUAUGUCAGGGGUCUGGGAAAGUCUCGUUAAGUCAGUUAAGCGAGGGUUGAAAGCAGUCCUAGGCGAUAGAAUGGUCAGCGAUGAAGUUCUGGUAACCACUCACGUUGAGGUUGAGAAGAUCGUGAAUAGUCGGCCAAUAUGCAGAGCUAGCGAUGAUCCUGACGACGAAGAAGUGUUGACUCCCAAUCACUUCUUGCUACAGCGAGGUUCCCUGACUUUGCCUCCUGGGGUGUUCUUCGACACAGAUCUGUAUCAUCGAAAGCAAUGGCGGAAGGUGCAGAUGUUGGCCAACCAGUUCUGGCAGCGAUGGAUCAGAGAAUACCUUCCUACGCUGCAGAAGCGCACCAAAUGGGUUAGACGACGACGAAAUGCGGAAGUGGGUGACUUGGUCCUAGUCACGGAUGAUAUGUUAGUCCGAGGUCAUUGGCCCAUGGGAGUGAUCAUCAAGACUUUUGCCGGAGAGGAUGGAGCAGUUCGAGUAGUUGAAGUCAAGACCAGCAGCAGUACUGUCUUGAGGCGCCCGAUACACAAACUGUGUAUGCUGGAAGAGAGCUGUUCUGGAACUGGCGAUGUCGACAAUGAACGAGAUACAAAGGACGAAGAAUUACGUUAG